AUGACGUCGAAGGUCGUGUAUGAAGGGUGGAUGGUGAGGUAUGGCCGGCGAAAAAUCGGGCGAUCGUUCAUUCACAUGAGGUACUUUGUGUUGGAAUCGCGGUUACUUGCUUAUUACAAGAGAAAACCGCAGGAUAAUCAGGUUCCUAUUAAGACACUGCUAAUUGAUGGCAACUGUAGAGUGGAGGAUAGAGGCUUGAAGACCCAUCAUGGACAUAUGGUAUAUGUUUUGUCUGUUUACAACAAGAAAGAAAAGAACCAGCGGGUUAUGCAGAUGGCUGCUUUUAACAUCCAAGAGGCCCUAGUUUGGAAGGAAAAAAUCGAGUAUGUAAUUGAUCAGCAUCAGGGGGCACAACCAUCAAAUGGUAACAAAUAUAUUUCUUUUGAAUACAAAUCUGGGAUGGACAAUGGGAAGACGGCUUCUUCCUCUGACCGUGAAAGCCAGUUUAGUGCUCAGGAGGAUGAAGAUGAGCCUUCUUCAAAUUUGUUAAGGAGGACAACAAUUGGAAAUGGGCCUCCGGAAUCAAUUUUUGACUGGACACGAGAGAUAGAUUCCGAUUUGUCAAACCAAAAUGCCAAUAACCAAGUUUUCUCAAGGAAGCAUUGGCGUCUGUUGGAAUGCCAAAAUGGACUUCGAACAUUUGAAGAACUUCUUGAAGUUGAUUACCUUCCAAGGAGCUAUAGUAGAGCGAUGAAGGCAGUGGGUGUUGUGGAGGCUUCUUGUGAAGAAAUUUUCGAGCUUGUGAUGAGCAUGGACGGGACUCGGUUUGAAUGGGAUUGCAGUUUCCAGGAAGGUAGGUUAGUUGAGGAGGUGGAUGGGCAUACAGCAAUUCUUUAUCACCGACUUCAGUUGGACUGGUUCCCAAUGUUUGUGUGGCCCCGUGAUCUUUGUUAUGUACGAUACUGGCGUCGAAAUGAUGACGGAAGUUAUGUUGUUUUAUUUCGCUCUAGAGAACACUACAACUGUGGUCCACAACCAGGGUGUGUCCGGGCACAUAUUGAGAGUGGAGGAUAUAACAUCUCCCCCUUAAAGCCUAGGAAUGGGAGGCCCAGGACACAAGUUCAGCAUCUUAUGCAGAUUGAUCUGAAGGGUUGGGGUGUGAGUUAUAUACCGUCUUUCCAGCUGCAUUGUCUACGCCAACUGUUAAAUAGUGUAGCUGGUUUACGCGAAUGGUUUGCCCAGUCAGAUGAAAGGAAUGCUCCUCCAAGAAUUCCUGUCAUGGUUAAUAUGUUCUCAACAUCUGCUUCUUCAAAGAAGAGUCAGAAAACAAAUGAUAUUUCUGUUAAUUCUACUUCUCACGAUCAAAAUGCCGCACACAGAAAUUCUGCUCUACUGGAUGAAUAUUCCGAUGAAGAUGAGGAUUUUCAAAUAGCAGAACCAGAGCAAGAGGCGUUCCAAAUUGGCCGUGAGAGUGAUGUUAGAAAAACAGAAGCCUUGGAUGAAGAGCCCGGUAAUGAGAUCGACUUAUCUUCCUUUUCGGGUAAUUUACGCCGUGAUGAUCGUGAUAAUGCUCGGGAUUGCUGGAAGAUAUCAGAUGGAAAUGACUUUAGAGUCAGAAGCAAGAAUUUUUGCUAUGACAAGUCAAAGGUUCCUGCAGGAAAACAUCUGCUGGAUCUAGUUGCUGUUGACUGGUUUAAGGACUCAAAAAGAAUGGACCACGUGGCUAGGCGUCAUGGUUGUGCAGCACAAGUUGCGUCAGAAAAGGGAUUUUUCUCCAUUAUCAUUAAUCUUCAGGUGCCAGCAUCAUCACAUUACAGUAUGGUAUUUUAUUUUGUGACCAAGGAGUUAGUUCCUGGAACACUCUUGCAACGCUUUGUUGAUGGUGAUGAUGAAUUCCGAAACAGCAGGUUGAAGCUCAUCCCAUCAGUCCCAAAGGGUUCAUGGAUUGUACGCCAAAGUGUUGGGAGCACUCCUUGCUUACUGGGAAAGGCAGUUGAUUGCAACUAUAUUCGUGGUCCGAAGUAUUUAGAAAUUGAUGUUGAUAUCGGUUCUUCUACUGUUGCAAAUGGAGUUUUGGGGUUGGUUAUUGGCGUGAUUACAACACUGGUGGUUGAUAUGGCUUUUCUUGUACAGGCAAAUAGUUCUGAUGAGUUGCCUGAGAGACUUAUUGGAGCUGUUCGAGUUUCUCAUUUAGAGCUUAAAUCUGCCAUAGUCCCAAAAUUGGAUCCAGAUCCAUCAUGA